UCCUAAAUCCUUUGAAAACCCAAAAUUUUCAAUGGCUCGUACAAAGCAAACUGCUCGUAAAUCAACUGGAGGCAAAGCUCCAAGGAAGCAAUUGGCAACAAAAGCUGCCAGGAAAUCUGCUCCAGCUACUGGGGGAGUGAAGAAGCCACACAGAUUCAGGCCAAGUACUGUGGCGCUCAGAGAAAUCCGAAAGUAUCAGAAAUCGACUGAACUCCUCAUUCGAAAGUUUCUGUUCCAACGUUUGGUUCAUGAGAUUGCUCAGGAUUUCAAGACCGAUCUUCAUUUCCAGCGAGUUUUUCCUUUCGACUUAAAUUUGUUAGGCUCUUUAAAAUUAAGGUUUCUUGAUUUUUCUUAA